GGUUGCCAUUAGAUUCUUUACAUAAUUAGUAGAGUGCCAAGCCCAUUAUAGUUUGGAGCAAAAUGAAUGUUGGUAUAACUCUGAUAGCUCUGCUCUCUUUCUGCUCUUGCAUCCAUGGCCAGACUUGCAGUGAAACUUUGGAUCUGACUGAUGAUCUUUCUAUAAAUGCUUCACUGGCUACCUCCUGCAUACGAUGCAUUAUAGCUGGACAGUUCAUGACUGAUAUACAGUGGAUUGCUCAAUCUAAUAUGAUUCUUACUGACGGAAUGAAUGGAGUAUCUGUUACUUCAAUGCCUGGUGUCUUGGUAAUCACUGAUGCUGAUGCUUUCUUUCUUCUGGGAAUACCUGUCUCCCUUCAAUGCGGCGGCGCCAGUGAUUCCAUUUACCCAGCUGGCCUUUUUGCACCGAUUGUUAGUAUCCCAGAUAAUGGGGUAGUCACAGAGGGAGGGGAUAUAAGGCUCAGCUGUAUCUCGAUCAACAACCGACCAGGGACAUUCCAGCGCCAGUGGUACAAUCCAGUUGGGGAACCAUUUUCUACGUUUCAAAUACCACAAUUAUCGAACGUACUAAGAGACCAAGCUGGAGUAUAUACUUGUCGACUGACUAGCUUGCAAAAUGGAGAUUUUCUUGAAGACUCUGGGACUUUGAUCGUUAACUAUAUGCCCAGUAUAGCGUCUAGUAAUCCAGCCUCUAACAUGGUCUUCAUAACUGAAACCAUAUCUCUCUCCUGUAUCUCCGACUCUGUCCCAGUCUCUGUUAUAACCUGGUUCCAUGAAGGGUCACUUCUGACUAAUGGCGCUGGUGGAGCUAUCAUUACUCUGGCUGGUGGAUCGUCCACUCUAAUGAGGUCAGGACUGACUACAGCCAGCGGCGGUACUUACACUUGUGUUGCAACAAAUGUUGUUGGUUCUGCAAACGCUAGUGUGGAAGUUAUCAUUCAAGUCCCCCCUUCUCCCCCCACUAACCUGAUGGUCUCCAAUAUUGGAGAGACCAGUCUGGACCUCUCCUGGACUAACGGCUUCGAUGGACUGAGCCCUAUCAUCGGGGUCACAGUGGAAGUAUUCGAUGGAAUAUUACGAGCUAAACUGAUACCUCUCGCUGGCGACAGUUCUCUACAAUCAACCCAGCUUUCUGGUCUAAAUGAAUUUACGCUCUUCAAUAUUACAGUGACAGUUAACAAUGCUGUUGGCUUUAGUGAAUCUGCUAUGAUAUCAGCCGUGACUCUCUCUCUAAGACUUGGUGCUCCUCGUAUGGUUACACUGACCAGUCCCACGUCUACAACUCUCGUUGCAGAGUGGCUGCCUCCUGUUCCCAAUGUUGCCACAACCUCUCUACCUGAAGCUUGGUUUGUCAGCCUUCGUGAUAGCAACAACAUUGACCUUUGCACUUUCAUAGUCUCCGAGCCCACCACUCUCACGUACGCAUUCACUCAACUAGGCAAGGGGUCAGAGUACAUUGUUCGGGUUGCCGGGAACAACUCCCGGGGGAUUGGAGAAUUCUCAGAAUUUGUGUCCAAUCAAACGCUAGUGGAUCCUCCUUCCAUGCCCCUUAAUCUGAUUGGCGAGGGUGUGAGUUCCUCUGGUCUAACUGUCUCCUGGCUGCUACCGACUGAUAAUGGUGGUCGCCCAGUCACUCAGUACGUCAUGCGUUAUCGGAUAGUAGGAGUAUCAACAUUCAGUGAGAUUGUUCUGACAGAGACCUCUCUGUUACUAUUUAAUGGCGGGACCCCCAGUCCACCAGCCGACCUUGUGGGCAGCAACUCUUAUGAAGUUGAGGUAUUGGCUGUGAACACGGCUGGUAGAGGAGAUGCAGCCAUCAUUACCAUCAUGACCCAAUCACUGAAUGAACCACAACCAAUUUUAGUCGUUCCCGUUGUGGAUCUAAUAACCAAUAGAACUGCGCUAAUUUCCUGGGAAUUUCCCGGGGGACAAGUGGACGAAUACCUCGUACAAUACAAAGAGCGGCUCAAUGAUUGGACCACUCCUAACGAUAUUUUUGUGAGGAGUGUGGCCGGCAAUGUUACCAUGGUGAUGUUGACUGAUUUAAUACCCAGUGCUUCGUAUGACGUGCGUGUUGCAUCUGUCAAUGCGAUGGGAACAUCUCAGUUCUUCUUUCAGGGAGAAUUUUCCACACAAGCACCCUCACCGCCCACUGUUUCCGGUCCCAGGGAAGUCUUUGCUGGUGAGACAACACAACUCAACUGUUCCUCCAGUGUCAGUAAUGUCUUUACUCUACGCUGGGUGCGUGUUGGUCGACUCACUCUGCCCUCUUCUGCCACUCAAGUUGGCAAUAACCUCGUGUUCACCAACCCACUAUCUACGGACACAGGGACCUACUCUUGCAUUUCGAUCUCCACUGGUGUGAGUGCCAACAUCACUAUCAGCUUCCUCACACCAUCUACAGAAGGGCCAAGUGGUGGUGUCGUUAACGAAAUGGUAAUCGCUUUGUCUGUGGUUGGAGUUAUUGGAAUCAUAGUGAUCGUACUACUCUUUGUUGUGAUGCUGUUGGUUUGUACGAGACGAAAACCUUCUUAUUCCAAUGACCACCAAAGUGCAGCAAGGAAUCCUGCACAUGGUAUGUCUAAUGAUGCAGUCAGAAAUCCUGAUGAUUUGUCUAAUGAUGCAGUCAGAAAUCCUGCAUGUGAUUUAUCUGAUGCAGUCAGAAGUCCUGCAUACGAUUUGUCUAAUGAUGCAGUCAGAAAUCCUGCAUACGAUUUGUCUAAUGAUGCAGUCAGAAAUCCUGCAUACGAUUUGUCAAAUGAUGCAGUCAGAAAUCCUGCAUAUGAUUUGUCUGAUGCAGUCAGAAAUCCUGCAUACGAUUUGUCUAAUGAUGCAGUCAGAAAUCCUGCAUAUGAUUUGUCUGAUGCAGUCAGAAAUCCUGCAUACGAUUUGUCUAACGAUGCCGUCAGAAAUCCUGCAUAUGAUUUGUCUAACGAUGCUGUCAGAAAUCCUGCAUAUGAUUUGUCUGUUAGACAAGCUCCUAAUGAUGCAGCCAGUGUCCAAUCAAAUGAUGAGGACGUAUAUGAAGAUAUUCCAGAUAUAGAUGAGGUGCUUUACGAGACUAUCGAUCCUGACAACAGCAACAACGACGGUGAAGGUGGAGCAGUUAUGGUAUCCAGCAAUGCAGCCUACGGAGUGAGAUUGUGAUGUCAUAGAACACAAAUGUAACUGUGUGUGUCAUCAAGUCAAUCAAGUCAAUCAGUGCAUGUUGAUAUUUUAUAAUAAUGUGUUAUUUUUAAUCGUUACAU